ACUCGAGGUCCCGCCAUGAAGGUGAAGAUCAAGUGCUGGAACGGUGUGGCCACUUGGCUCUGGGUGGCCAACGACGAGAACUGUGGCAUCUGCCGGAUGGCCUUCAACGGCUGCUGCCCAGACUGCAAGGUUCCAGGCGACGACUGUCCGCUGGUGUGGGGUCAGUGCUCGCACUGCUUCCACAUGCACUGCAUUCUCAAGUGGCUGAACGCUCAGCAGGUGCAGCAGCACUGUCCCAUGUGCCGGCAGGAGUGGAAAUUCAAGGAGUGAG